ACGUGGCUUACAACUAGGCCUACAUCGGUGGAUUUUUACAGAUAGCCUGCGACCAAUCAACUCAUAAAUAACCUAUUCUGAUUCAUAUUGAAAAUGACAUAAUAUGAAUUAUUUCUUACAUGUAUGGCAUAGAAUGGCAUUUAUGAAUCAAUGACUGCAUACCUUAACCACCAGGAGCCUAUGACAAUAGACCACACUAUAUGACACAGUAGCCGAUGAAGGAUUUUAAUUCAGGUCUGACUGGUCAGUAGUCAAAAGUAUAAGAGGUGUAAUUAUGUCUUAAGUCUUCAAAUCAAUUGAUAACACAGGAAGAAAAAACCAUCGCAUGUGCAGAUCUGCAUUACCGCUAUGACAAAGGUCUUACGUGCGUUUAAGCCACAUCAAUCAGUGCCAAACAUUUCUUGAGUGGACUGUACAUUUUCUACAAUUUAAAAUUAAUGUAUUGCGCUUGGGACCGACGUUCUCACCACCCAGUCUCCGAGGCUGCUUUAAACAUAAGUAAAUAAGUUAUUUGUCCAAACUCUCUUUAUAGGACUGCAUAACACUGUCCAUGCCUGAUGUUACUGGAGAAUUGCUUGUGAAGUGCGCGCAUACUCUCUAUUUCCUGCCCGCGUGGUUAAGGAGCAUGCUUCAACAAAACAGUACGCCGUCGCUUUCCGUUAGGAGUGAACUGACAGCUUAGCGGAUGGCCGCGUGAGAUUCCGUUAAGUUUUUCCCAAGCACCUAUCCGAGGACAGACCGCUACGUGUCAGAGGCACGGGUAAAGAAGGUCGAACACCCCCCAAACUCGUGUCGAACCAAAGCUAGUAGCUCUGAUUUUUGUCUCGCACAAAAGAUGACUCGUCAGUAGCUGCUGUAGUGUGUGUGCAGUUACAGCAUAUCCAACCUCAGAGAACUCGGAAAGCAUCAUUCGUCCUCUAAUUUUUCAAGCAUCAUCAGCCAAGCUGAUUUUCCGCUUUUACUGUUAAUUUCUCUUCCUGGGGUCAUGUCCUACAUAUCGUUUUGAUGUGUAUUUUGACCAAGACUUUUUUGUCCUGUCCCGUCUUUUAGAGGGGGCAGGUCGGUACAUAAUUGCAGCUACAGUUCGGUUUCAGAAUAUACGAGUUUUCGGCGAGAGAGCAAGAAGGUGGUCAACAGACAUUUGCUUAUUUCCGCUUUGGUACACAGCCCCCGCGCAGGACUAUUUGCAUGCUUAGCCCCGCAAACCCAGAGUUGAGCUAGCUUUGACAACUGGAGCCAAACUCCGUGAGGAAGAUUCGAUCUGAGUAUCAGAACAACCCAUUUGCACGUGUAGCCACCAACAGCGAUGUUGCUGAAGGAGUACAGAAUAUGCAUGCCGCUCACUGUUGAGGAGUACAGGAUCGGGCAGCUGUACAUGAUCAGCAAGCACAGCCAUGAGCAGAGCGACCGCGGGGAGGGGGUGGAGGUGGUGCAGAACGAGCCCUUCGAGGACCCCACCCACGGCCAGGGCCAGUUCACCGAGAAACGCGUCUACCUCAGUAGCAAGCUGCCCAGUUGGGCACGAGCAGUAGUGCCCAAUAUCUUCUAUGUGACCGAGAAGGCCUGGAACUACUACCCCUACACCAUCACAGAGUACACAUGUUCGUUCCUGCCAAAGUUCUCCAUCCACAUAGAGACAAAAUAUGAGGACAACAAAGGAAGCAACGACCACAUCUUUGACAUUGAGGCCAAGGACCAGGAGAGGGAGGUGUGCUUCGUAGACAUUGUCUACGAUGAGAUCCCUGAGCGAUACUACAAGGAGUCUGAGGACCUGCGCUACUUCCGCUCGGACAAGACGUCGCGGGGCGUGCUGCAGGAGGGCUGGAGGGACACCCAGGAGCCCAUCAUGUGCUCCUACAAGCUGGUGACCGUCAAGUUCGAGGUGUGGGGCCUGCAGACGCGCGUGGAACAGUUUGUGCACAAGGUGAUACGAGACGUUCUCCUGCUGGGCCACAGACAAGCCUUCGCCUGGGUGGACGAGUGGAUUGACAUGACGAUGGAUGAGGUGAGAGAGUUUGAGCGCACCAUCCAGGCGGCCACCAACCAGAAGAUCGGGAUAUUCCCCCCGUCCAUCUCCAUCGGCGAGACGCCCCGGUCCUCUCUGGCCUCCUCCGGUCCCGCCAGCGCCCCCUCCACCCCGCUCUGCACCGACGCCCCCGAGUUCCUCACCGUCCCCAGGGACCGGCCCCGCAAGAAGUCCGCCCCAGAGACCCUCACCCUGCCCCAGCCCCAGCCCGAGUCCGAGUCCGACCCUCCGCCCACCCCACCCCCAGCCAGCGCCCCCAUCUCCAACCACGCCCCCUGGAGCUCGGAGGGCAGUCAGCUGGAGUGAUGGCGCUCUUGCAGCCUACACACCCUCUCUGCCUCUGCCCCCCCCACACACACACACACAUAUACACAUGCACACACACACACACACACACACAUAUACCGACAUAUCACCCCUCCUGCAUACCCACCGAUAUACGCGUCUCCUUCUUCACGUUUCUUUGGCACAGCUCGACCAAGACGCCAGUUCGAGUUCCGCGCCACCUCUCGGCCGUAACACAAGCUCACCACUCACGCUGUAAAUCCGCCUCGACAAAGACUCCCAAAUCCCAGGGCUUAGGCCGCUGGAAGCACCAAGCGUGGGAUUUGGGGAGCGCAAAGUCCCCCCCCCCCCCCCCCAUCCCCCCUCAACCCUACAGGUCACCGCUGGAUUCCAGCCAGCGGCAAGCAAGACAUAGAAGAUGCCACGUCCUCCUCCUCCUCCUCCUCCCCCCCCUCCCAGACAAAGAGAAUAUGCAUUCAUUUAAUUAUCGUGUGUGUGUGUGUGUGAGUCUCAGUCUGUCUGUGUAUCAGUUAUAAAACAGUGUGUCCAGGCCUCCAUGUUAACACCAGGCCUUAAAAAGCCAGAUAGAAUUCCAGUUAAGUACUUUUCCUGUCUUCGUUUUUUUUCCCCCCCAGGAGUUUCAUCAGAAAGCUUCCAUUGCGUAGCCAUAUGACCUGCGGUCUAAGUCAACCUGCUUCGGCAGCACAAAUGUAGAUAUUCUUAGCGACACUGCUGAUUAUUUUGAAACGUCAUUGCGGCAUGUGUUGCUAUGCCACAGCACAGC